AAUUUUGGAAUCAAAGAGAAAACAAUGAGCAAGUUCGGCGACUUGAAUCCCGCCUUCUCUGGUGCGGGUCGUAGCAGCAGCAACAACCCUGACGCGAGUUUCAAUUCAGCGCCGUUUCCGCGGUCAUCUUCUGGUCUCUCUAAGCCCAGAUUCUCCAAGGUGAGAAGGCAAGUAAAGUCUCAGAAUUUGAAGCCCUCGGGUACUUCUGAUUCUUUACCGGGUCAGAGUUUCAACCCGUUUCACUUCCGUGGGUCUUUUGCCGGUGAUCCAACUCCUGCUGAGAUUGGAUUUGGACGGAGCAGCAAUGAUGGUUUUGUAUUUGGAUCAACUGAUGUUGGGAAAUUGCACUCUGAUGAAGAAAUUGGGAAAAGCGUUAUGGAAGAGAUGGAAAAGUUGAAAAUUGAGAGUGAAGGAAAGGCUUCAAAGCUUCCUGAAGAUAUGCAGAAUUUGAAUUCUAGCUUUAGUUUUGGUGUAAAGAAGGGAAGCAAUUCAGUUUUUGCAGCGAGUAAAACUGUGGAAGAUGAACUUCCAACUUUGUUAAGUAAUAAACUGACUAUUGAUUCUUCUUCGAGGAGUACAGGACAUGUGAUCCAGGAAAGUAUGGAGAAGUUGAAUAUUUCAGAGAGAGUGACUGAUCAGAAACAUAGUAAUAACGUCAAAUCCAAAGUGUCUAUGGAUUAUGUUGGGGAGAAGAUACUAUCUGAUGAUUUGAGUAGAAAGUUAAGUGUUGGAAGUAUGACUACUGAUGGGAACCUUUCUGGAGAUUCAGUUCAGGGAAGUGUGAAUGAUAAGAAAGUCCAUGAUUUUAAUAGUUCAUGUCCGAUGAACUAUAGUUUUGUAGGUACAGAGCCAAGUCAAAAUCUGAAUGCUAGAAAUGUUCAUGAUGUGUCCUCUUCAGUAAACACUUCCGAGUUUAAUUUUGUGAGUAAUCAAGACAGUCGGGGGACAGGUUUUAUGGAAUUCAAGACCCCUAUUUCGAAAGUAAACCCAUUUUCUAGUUUGGACCAGAAAUUGGGGUUCAAUGCGAAGAAGGACAGUGUUGGUGCCACGAGAGCGAGAAGGAAAGGGGGUAAGCAGCCUGUGAAAGUGCAGCUAAAUAUUGGACGUGAGUUUGCUUUUGCAGAAAGUGCUAUUCCAAAUGGAAGCAAUGAGGCUCCUGAGGCGUAUUCACCGAUGGAUAUUUCUCCAUAUGAGGUCACAGAAGAUUGUGGAGACUUUUCUGCUGAUAUACCACCUACUGCUCCAAAUGAUUUGUUUGAUGCAGACCUAGUUGCUGCAACCGAGCGGAUGGAAAUUAAUGAGGGGGAUGAAGUUAAUAACUAUCAAGCUAAAGAAUUUAAUACUGGGAACUGUGCCGAUCAUGAAGACCUUGCUGAAGAUUCUAUAUCUGGAGCUGAAACUGAAAGUUUUAAAUCAGCAGCGGAAGAGAUGGAAACUAGUAGUGAAACUUUUGCUACAGCUUCAGAAAGUGAGGUUACUUCACGAUAUAAGUCUGAUAGGAAACAAAAUGAUGACCAUUCCCAAUCUAAUACAGAUGCUGCUAGCUCCAGCUUUACCUUUUCUGCUUCAUCAUUUUCGGGAGUGCAGGGGCAACUAUCAACUUCAAAGCGUAUUAAUAGGAAGAAAAACCCGAUUAAACUUGGGCAGGAUCCAUAUAUCCUAAUUCCAAAUGCAAUACCAUUAAAAUCUUCACAACAUUCUCCGUUAACUGGUGUGCAGUCACACUUGUCCACUGGGAAACCCAGUGAAAGGGAUCCGCUUACUCGUCUACACAAGCCUAUUAAUAGUUCUGUGAUGGACAAAGCACGAAUCGAAAAAGAUGUGUCUAAUGUAGCGCAAGAAGCAUGUGAAAAGUGGCGAUUAAGAGGAAACAAUGCUUAUAAAAUUGGGGAUCUUUCCAGAGCUGAGGAAUCUUACACUCAAGGGAUUGAUUCAGUGCCUAGAAUCGAAACUUCUAGAAACUGUCUCAGGGCAUUGAUGCUUUGCUACAGCAACCGUGCUGCAACACGCAUGGCCCUUGGAAGAAUGAGAGAAGCAAUAGCAGAUUGUACGAUGGCUUCUUCAAUAGACCCCAACUUCCUUAAAGUUCAAGUCAGAGCUGGAAAUUGUUACCUUUCACUUGGGGAGAUUGAAGAUGCAUCCAGGUAUUUCAAAAACUGCUUGCAAUCAGGAAGUGAAAUUUGUGUGGACCGUAAAAUUAUUGUAGAGGCUUCUGAAGGUCUACAAAAGGCACAGAGAGUUUCCGAAUGCAUGCAUGAAGCUGGCCGUCGUUUGCAACUUAGAACAUCAACUGAUGUUGAAAGAGCUUUGGAAAUAUUGGAAGAAUCUCUUUUGAUAAGUUCAUACUCUGAAAAGUUACUCACCAUGAAGGGAGAGGCGCUCUUGAUGCUUGAGAAGUAUGAAGCAGCAAUAAAGCUUUGUGAGCAGACAGUUGAUUUGGCUGGAAAGAAUUCUCCUCCAGAUUCUCAUGACACUCCCAAGGACAUAAACUUUAGAAUUUGGCAGUGUCAUCUCAUGCUUAAAUCAAAUUUCUAUAUGGGAAAGCUUGAGGAGGCGAUUGCUUCUCUAGAGAAGCAAGAACAAAUACUAUCUGCUACAAAAAGAGAAGGAAACAAAAAUCUUGAAUCCUCCAUUCCGUUGGCUGCUACUAUACGUGAGUUGUUGCGCCUUAAGUCGGCAGGGAAUGAAGCCUUUCAGUCUGGACGACACACUGAAGCAGUUGAACAUUACACAGCAGCCCUGGCUUGCAAUGUGGAAUCACGUCCUUUUACAGCUGUGUGUUUCUGUAAUCGUGCUGCUGCAUAUAAGGCUCUUGGUCAAUUUUCUGACGCUAUUGCAGACUGCAGCCUUGCUAUUGCUCUUGACCAAAAUUACUCAAAGGCUAUUUCUAGACGGGCCACGUUGUUCGAGAUGAUUAGGGAUUAUGGACAGGCAGCAAGUGAUAUGGAGAGAUAUGUUAAUAUUCUAACCAAGCAAAUGGAAGAGAAGACCUCUGGAAUUCUUGACAGAUCUACUAGUAUGGCCAAUGACAUAAGGCAAGCUCGUAUACGACUUUCUGAACUGGAAGAGAAAUCAAGGAAAGAAAAUUCAUUGGAUAUGUACCUCGUCUUGGGUGUUGUACCAUCAUGCUCGGCUUCAGAUAUCAGAAAGGCGUAUAGGAAGGCCGCACUCAAACAUCAUCCCGACAAGGCUGGUCAGUCUUUGACAAGAAACGAGACUAAAGAUGAGAGGUUAUGGAAGGAGAUAGGAGAAGAAGUGCGCAAAGAUACCGAUAAAUUAUUUAAAAUGAUUGGGGAAGCGUAUGCUGUGCUCUCAGACCCUGCAAAGCGUUCUCAGUAUGAUCUUGAAGAAGAGAUGCAUAAUUCGCAAAAGAGACGUGACGGAAGCAGCACAUCUGGAGCAGACACUGAUAAUUAUCCAUUCCACAGCAGUAGAAGAAACUGGAGGGAAGGCUGGAGUUCACCAGCUAAGUUGAGUACUCCUGCAAAUACUCAGGCCGGUAAGGCACGGAUAGUAUUAUCAGAUGGUCAGAUUCGUGCAAGAAGAUACACAUCACACGAUAAACUUGAAAGACUUGAGAUGCCGGAAAUUUACGCAAAAGAAAGGACAUCUACAAGGGGGAAAGGGAGAAUGACUAAUGGGGAGGAGGAGCCGCUUAGCCCGAUGGCGCGUGUAUUCCAAUCGCCGGGCAUAGACUUAUGUGCCGUCACCAUCAUGGGUUUCAAAACCAAGAUUAAUCCGGACGUUGUUCUUGAUGCCUUGAAGCAAAAUGUCUCCAAGCAUCCUCGUUUCUCCAGCAUACUGUCGGAUAAUGGUGCAAAAUGGAUCGAGACAGAAGUUAAUGUAGAAGAUCAUGUAAUUGUACCAUACAUAGACCCAGAAGAGAUAGGUGAAGGUGGACAAAGCUUCAUUGAUGAUUAUAUGUCACGUCUCACGAUGACUCCUCUUGAUAGAUCAAGACCCUUGUGGGACAUUCACAUCCUUAACGUCAAAACUUCAGAUGCUGAAGCAGUCAGCUUUAUAAGAUCUCACCAUUCAUUGGGAGAUGGAAUGUCGUCCUUAUGUUCCCUAUUACUCGCAUGUACUCAAAAAACAUCAGAUCCGAGCACGUCUUCUAUUGCUAUUCCACCCAUGAAACGGCAAGGCGCGGUGUUGCAUAGCCUUAGAAAGAAAGGCUGGUUCUUAAGGUCGAUAUUCACCAUUGGUUCUACAAUGACAUUGCUUUGGAAUACAAUUGUAGAUGUGUUGCUGCUUUUUGCGACUAUACUGUUUUUGAAGGAUACAAAAACACCUCUAAAAGGCGGCGUGAAUGUCAAGAGCAAUCCGAAGAGAUUUUAUCACCGAAUUGUAUCUUUGGAUGAUAUUAAGCUUAUAAAGAACGCUAUGAACAUGACUAUCAACGAUGUUAUAUUUGGAAUCACACAAGCCUCUCUUUCUCAGUAUUUGAACCGAAAAUAUGACAAGAAGAAGGAGGAGGAUGGAGGAUCAUUGACAUCGUGUCAGAACAAUCUUCCUGAUGGUAUACGAUUUCGUGUAGCUUGUACAGUAAAUCUAAGGUCAGACAUCGGCUUCAAGCCUUUGGCAGAUAUGAUGGUUAAGGAUUCAAAAUGCAAAUGGGGAAACUACUUCAGCUUUAUUUUUUUGCCGUUCACCAUCGGGUUACAAACCGAUCCAUUGGUUUAUCUAAACAUGUCAAAAUCCAUGAUGGCUCGAAAGAAGCACUCUUAUCACGCGGCUAUUGUAUAUUUUAUCAUCAAAAUCGUUCUAAAAGUGUUUGGCGCCAAGGCAGCAGCAGAAUUAUUUGAUCGACCGGUGAGGAACACAACGACAUGCGUUUCAAACGUCAUUGGCCCCAUGGAAGAAAUCAGUUUUCGUGGCCAUCCUAUGGCUUACAUCGCUCCAAGCUCUUACGGACACUCACAUGCAUUGCUGGUGCAUUUCAUAAGUUAUGCGGAGAAGAUGAUAAUCUCGAUGGCGGUUGAUCCUACUGUCAUACCAGAUCCUCACAAGAUUUGUGAUGAUAUGGAAGAAUCACUGAAAGCAAUGAAAACUGUUCUUUGUGAAAGAGGGUUACUAUAAGGCCCUUUAUAAUCCGGAGACUGAUCAAGAUAUAUUUUGUUUGGUCUAAAUUCUAAAAUGUUAUGUUUUUAGAAGCUUUAAAUGCUUUUGUACUAUAUACAAAUAUUGGAGUUGAAUAAUAUCAGGUCGAUCCUAGUUAUUGAAGAAAAUCUCAUUAAGUUUGUGCUAAUGUUGUUAAUAUGUUAUUGCUUGAGUUCAAUUUUGUCUAAUGCAUAGAACAAAUUUAGGCCUCACUUUGUGUUCAUAUUAUUAGUAAAAGCUUUUUUCAAUU